AUGUCGAUGUUUGGAUUCGGUAAAAACAUACCAGUCACACCUAUUCCUAAUAAUAAAGAUGAUAACAAUAUAACCGGAAAAUUCGAUCCGACCGCUUUGGAACGUGGAGCGAAGGCUUUGCGAAUGCUCGACUCUUCGCCAAACGCUCAAAAGGCCUUUGAGCUGACGAAAAUGCAAGAAAUGACAAAGCAACAGGAAAUACAAAUGCAAAUUGAACAGAUGAGACUGAAACAAGGGGAAUUGGGAACUCAAAAGGCUAAAAUAGAAAGCGAUGAAAGGAGGAAGUUAUUGUCACAUCAACAGGAACAGGAGAGAAUAACAGCUCAAUAUAAAGCUAAACUAGAAGAUGAGAUGUAUCAAAAAAAGUUGCUCGACCAAAAGAGACAAAAUGAGGAAUGGCUACAGCGUCAGCAUCAGCAGUUUCUGAAGCAGGAACAAAUAAGGAAGAACACAGAAAAUGAAAUAUUGAACAUGAAAAGGCAGCACCUGAAGGAAGAAAAGGAGUUGGAGAAGGACAUAAUGGUUGCCAAAGUGAGACAGGAAAACCUGGGUAAAAUACAGCAAGAAAGAGAUAAUUUUGAUAUACACCUCAAAAUGAUGAAGGAGAGGUCCGUUGAAGAGAGAAAGACGAAGCUGGAGUCGCUAAACUUGAUCUUCUCAUCAGUUGGGUCAGGGUUGUCGUCGAUACUUCAAGAUAAGCAGCGUCUAACAUACACGGUUAUGACAUUGACUGGGAUCUCAUUGGGGAUCUACCUUGCGAAAAACGGAACCAUUGUCGUUCGCAAAGUGAUAGAAAACAAAAUCGGAAAGCCUUCACUGGUGCGCGAGACCUCAAAAUCGAUCAUACCGGGGAACCUGAAGAGUAUGGUGAGGAAGGGGAACGAGUUCAACUUAAACGAGAUCGUGCUGAACAGCAGCCUCAACCAGAGGCUGACCUGGUCAAUAAACUCACUGCUCAAGUCGAAGCUGAAUAAGACUCCGUACAGAAACAUAUUGCUGUACGGCCCGCCGGGAACAGGGAAGACGCUGUUUGCGAAAACGUUGGCCCUGAGGAGCGGAAUGGACUACGCGAUCAUGACCGGCGGUGACAUAGGGCCCUUGAAGGAAAACGCAGUGACCGAGUUGAAUAAGCUCUUCAAGUGGUCAAACAAGUCUAAAAAGGGGCUGAUACUCUUCAUAGACGAGGCGGAGGCGUUUCUGAGGAAGGGCAGGUCCACGCUGGAGGGAAUGUCGGAAAACAUUAGGAACGCCUUGUCGACCUUUUUGUACCACACUGGCAAUGAAAACACCAAGUUCUGCCUCAUUCUCGCAACCAAUGAGAAGGAGAUUCUGGACAGGGCCGUUAUUGACCGUAUCGACGAACAGUUCAACUUCGACCUGCCAGAAGAGUCCGAGAGACUCAGAAUGAUCAAGCUCUUCAUGCAGCAGUUCGUGAUCAACCCGCUCAAGCGGUCCAAGGUGCAGAUAGACGAGUUGAUCAACGACUCGUACUUUGAGCAGCUGGCGAAGAGGACCCAGAACUUGUCAGGACGUCAAAUUUCAAAGCUGUGCAUCAGUUUACAAAGUGCGAUCUACGGCAGCGGCGCAACUAAACUGACUCUCGACCUUGCCAACACUGUGAUUGAGUGGCAGCUUCAAAACAACGCUAAUCUGACAUCCUAA